AUGAAUGCUGCUCUCGUGGCAGUAGAAGCUCAAGGUGCUUUAGGAAUGAAUGAUCAUCAAAUGCAUCUGUAUUGUACCAACAGAGACCAGCGUUCCAUCCAAACCGAUCAAAGAAUUAUGCAAGGAAAGGCUGGGCCACGAGGGCCACGCGGGCCACCAGGAGAAGUAGAUUACCAUAUCAUAAAUGAAACUAUAAAUGAAUAUUUCACUGAUACUUCCGGACAGAUACAAGCAAACCUGACUCAGAUAGGUCCCAUUGUUGCGAAAUCUAGUGAGGACAUUGAGGGAUUGCAAGAAGCAUCUCGGAACACUCAAACAAAACUGAAUGUAAUUGAAACAGAUAUCGAAUCAGCAUCCGGACACACUCGAAUAAAACUGAAUGAAAUCGAAACGGAUAUUGAAGGAUUGAAAUCAGGUAAAAAAGAAUAA